GCUCGCCAAGUAAAGCUGUCAACGUUUUCAUUUCCAUGAAUGGACGAGAUUCUUCUAUCACUUUAAAUUUCGUACUAUUUCUAUUUAUUCUGUUACAAGUUACGGUAUACGUAGCAGCUGGAGUUAAAUUUAGCGUAGCCCGUUAUCAAAUAUUAGUGCAAAAUGUAUAAAUUAAGUGUGUUUCAUUUAUUAUUCAUCGCGGCAAUCGUGCAGGUAUCGCUUGCACUGAAGGAAGGCGAAUGUGAAGUUUGUAUUAAAACUGUGGAGAAAUUCGCAGCCACGUUAACAGACGAUGUCAAGAAGAACCCCAAAUCAAUCGAAACUGAGUUCAAGAAGUUUUGUAAAGGUUCCAAGAAUAAAGAGAACAGAUUUUGUUACUACUUAGGCGGCCUAGAGGAGUCCGCCACCGGCAUCCUGGGUGAGCUCUCGAAGCCGCUCAGUUGGUCCAUGCCCGCUGACAAGAUCUGUGAGAAGUUGAGGAAGAAGGACGCACAGAUCUGCGACCUCAGAUUUGACAAACAGAUUGACUUGAACAAUGUUGACCUGAAGAAACUCAAAGUACGAGAUCUGAAGAAGAUUCUGAACGACUGGGAUGAGGUCUGCGACGGCUGCAUCGAGAAGACUGACUUCAUCAAGAGAAUAGAGGAGCUAAAACCCAAGUACAUGGGCAAAACUGAAUUGUAAAAUAGCUCAAUUCUAAUUUUAGAUUAAUUCAUGGGACACUAAUGUGAUAAUACAUCUGAGCAACAAGCGAUGUGUGCCGUGCCUGCCGCGGUAGAGAUCAACAGACUUUUGCAUUUGACGAACUUUGCAAGCCGAGUGUCUGGAGUGUGCAUGUGUUGAAUAAAUUAUUAUUGCUAUAAGUAAUUAAAGAUAUUUUUUUCAA